AUGGAACCAUCAGCACCAAGGCUCACAGUGAGUCCAAACCGGUCCCAGUUCUUCAGAUUUGACCAAGUGUUACUGAGCUGUGGGAGCACUGGACACUGGGCUGUGUUCAGAAACACCAGCAGAUUCAGCAGGAAGGACUGUGGACAGGACUGGGGCAAGUUGAAUGGUUCUGUGUGUGAGAUCGAGUCACUCUAUUCUGAUGACAGUGGUCUGUACUGGUGUGAGAGAGACGGACACCGCUCUGCAGCUGUGAACAUCACAGUUCAUGAACAAAGAGUUAUAGAGCCUAGCAUCAGCCCUCCUCCUGCUCCGUCCACACUGCCCACUUCUCCUCCAGCCUCUCCCCCCGUCACAACCUCCUCCUCUGGGCUUCUCGUCCCUCUGCUCUGCUCCAUCCCGGGCCUACUCCUGCUGCUGCUUCUCCUGCUGCUGCUACUACUGCUGCAGUGGGUCAAACUCUGCAGACACAAACCCAAUGAAGGUAAAGGCUGUGGCAGACUCACUGAAAACGAACAUCCAGUUUAUUCCUCUGUGAAAACUGUUGUGUGCUACACCCCCGUCGUUAUCAAUCAGACGAGAAGAAAAACCGAGACUGAACCAGAUUCCAGGACAGACUAUACUAGAUGCAGUUGCGUGUGCUUUUUAAAAGACGAUAAUACCUUAUUUGUUACUUUUGUGCCUUAA